CGUAACAUUGAGGAACCCAACAUGUAUGACACAAUACGAGUCCAUGCUGAGUUUAGUACGGCAGACGACUUUUCUAGAGGUCCAGAGUUUGCGAUUAAUUCUAAAGAGGGAUUUCUCACAAAACUUGGAGCAAGGUUUAAGACUUGGCAUACGAGAUGGUUUGUGCUACAGAAAUACGAGCUUCGUUACUACAAAAAGAAGGAGGACUCUCGUGCUAUCCGAGCCAUGGACCUCCGGGAAUGCGAGGAAUGUAAACGGGAUUACACGAACAAAGGCAAAUUUAAUGUUUUCAGGGUCGUUUUCAAGUGGAGAACAUUUUUCAUGUACUCGACGACAGAGCAAGAGUGCAAUGACUGGAUUAAACUCAUCAACUGGAAAUUGAAAAAUACUCCAAGACGACCAUGACGUUUUGCUGAACUUGUGAGAAAUGCUGUAUGCAAUUGUUCUAGUAAGUGGUUACGAGUGCAAUCAAAAGAGAAAACGACUUCCAUUUUGAAAAAAAAAUGUGACACAGUAAGUUUGGGAUUGUGUUAUCCAAUAUUUUGAUUGGCAUUACAUACGUUACAUUAACUUCCAUUCAUGGCUGCAGCUCAGUUGUCUGUGCUUCAAAAAUGCUUCAAGUAUUCAUCAGAAGCUAAAAACAAGCAUUUGUUGUGUUGUGUACAUUCAACAUUGCAUUGCUUGUACAGCCAAAAAACCCCAACAGAUUUCGGGAAGUUUUUCAACAAACUACAGACUUCAAGAAAUUCCUGCUCAUCAAACGACUUACUUCAAGAUUCAAGAAUGAGUUCAUCAAAUGAUCUGCUUCAAAAUUUAGCUGUUCAUCAAAUAACAUGCCUCAAUAAUUUGAAGUUCAACAAAAAAUAUCCUUCAAGAACUUGCUAUUUAUCAAGCAACAUGCAUGCUUCAAUAGCUUAUUGUUCAGAGCGUAGUUGAAGUCUUUAAGUCAGAUGUCUUCAAGAAUGUGCAGUGUUUAUGGACAGUUAUUUCUUAUAUGAAAACAGCUUAUGUUCGUCAACAACAUGCUUCAAAGAUUUUUGAUGUUCAGUUAAAAUUGAUACAUUGUAGAGGAAAAUUUGACCACCUGGUGCAUUGGUGUCAGAUGUUAUAAGUUGUGUAUGUGUUGUGUGUGACAUUUUGAUAAAAUGUCUGAUAAUUAAAAGUGCAAUUUCCCAGCUUUAUAUACAUAUACAUGUACACUGAUAUUGCAUUUCUCCCCAUGCUAUUUUUCUUGUACUUUAAUUUUUUGUUGUUUUUGAAAAACGAUCUUCUUGAAUCCCACCUGUUGUUCACUUUUUGAAUAUAUAUCAAAUAUAUAUAGUUGUCCAAAAUUUCCUGUUUGAAAGUGUUUUUGCUGCUUUCGUAUUGGAAGUGGUGAGAUUAUAUUUAAAAUAUUUAACUACUGUGGAUUUUUACUAUCCUUUUUAAACUGAGAAGUUUUUGCAUAAUUCUUAAAAUGUUUAUAGUUUCGCAGUAGUUUUGGUGGUCACAUUGCGUAGACUUUACAUCAGCAUUAAUUGGUACACUUGAAACACUAGUGUUUUGCUACGAGCGUUUUAUCAUUUAUUUUGAUAGAUAUGAGUUCCUCAUAUUUUGAUGUACACCUAGCUUGAAUAUACACCUCCUAUUUUGAUGUUGACACCCCCAGGAAACCAGCAGAGAGUCUAUGCUUUAAAUUAACCCUUUCACCCCUAUGUAACUUUAGUAGAAUCUACCAUGUAUUGAUAUGGAUAAGUCCAUUAUGGUCUAC